AUGAAACCAUCAUUUUCAGUCACACAAGAAUUCAUCUUGAGAUUCAACCAAACAAAAAAUCCAAAAGAGGAAGAAAAAUUUUUGGACCUAGCUAGAAAAAGCAUUCUCAGAUGUAAGAGAAAAUUGGGUCUCAAAACCUUAGGCGCCGGGAAGCAUGUGCAUCUUCCUACCGCAUGGACUGAAGUAAUAUAUCUGGCUCAAUGCAAAGGAGAAAUCCAAGAUGAAGCUUUAAAUAUGCUUUAUGCUUCCCUGGACCAUGCUUCUUUUGAUUAUGAUCAUCUGCCUGCCUUAUUUUUUGUUGCGGAAUCAGUUUUAUAUAGACUCUGUUGUGAUGCAUUCCUAAAGACGUACUUAUAUUCAGUUGAAAUAAAGCUGGCAAAGAUUGGCUAUUUGGUCUUCUUACGACUUUUUAUAUAUUUCCUUCAUGGUCACCUAGAAAGUUUUAAACAACAUUUACUUAGACUUCAACCAUAUUUAUACGCACUUUCUUUCUCUGGAGAAUUAUAUUACAAGUAUCCAAACAUCUUUUCAAAUACGCGAUUCAUUCUGAAAACCAUGGAAAUUAUAUGUGAAAGAGAAUUCCUUUCUGAAUCAAUUUUUGGCCCUGUGGAAGACAAGAAUAGAUAUGAGAACAUAGAUUCUGAUAUGGAACAUUUGCAAUUUAAUCAGGGAGGAUAUGACGUUAACCACCUGCUCUGGCACUGUGUUGCUGCCUGGUCUUGUGUUCAGAAGAAUAGUCCUCAGUUGAAUAAGGUGCUUGAACAUCUCAUCUUUCAUAAAACACAGCUUCAAAAGGAACCCUGGUUGGAUUCAGCACUGGCUUUGUUGGUCCUUGGGGAGGCUGCCAAAUUAAACACGCUCUGCUUGAAAGCUUUAAUGGAACUAAUGAGAGAUUUUCUUUUAAGCAUUAUGUCUGUUCAGAAUCAGGAUGAAAGCUACAAGGUAGAUGAUUUUUCCUGGGCCUGGAAUGUAGUCUACAUGUACACAAUAAUUCUUGCAGAAAUCUGCUUGUAUGCGGCCACUUCCAAUUUGCGAAAAACUGCUUUAAUUGGUUUCUGUGACUGUAAAAGUUCACAAAAAAUUUUUUUAACCAUCGACAAAUCAAAAGAACAGCCAGAACUAAGGGAAACAAGUAUUUUAGGUCUUUUGGAAUAUUUCUCUUCAAAAAUAUCAGAUAAUUGUGAUCAAGUGAUAUGGACUGGCUACUAUGGCUUAGUGUAUAACCUGGUGAAAAUGUUGUGGGAACUUCGGGGAGAUGAGGAACAGGAUGGACUUAGAAACAUAAUCUGGCAAACAUUACAGAGAACAAAGGAUCAUGAGAAAGAUGGGCGAAUCCGUAAUGCAGUGAAUAUAGCUCAGGCUGAGUUAAAUGACCCAAAGGAUCCUUUCACUAGUUACAAUACAAAAGUUUCACCAAAUGUAGGGGAUGAAAUUUUCUCCAAAUAUAUAGGAUGGAGAAUUGCAAGCACACUUUCCAAACUGUUCUUCCCCUCCACUGAUGCCUGUGUUCUUCCUUUGAAAAAACCUUUGAUAAAACGGGAUCAAGUGAAAUGUCUGAAUAAAAAGGAUUCCAUGAAGAAGAGAGUUUUGCAUUCUACUGUAAGGGAACGUCCUUCUGUAUCAGAACAUCCCUUGUUUCCUUAUCCGGAUUUCUUCACCAGGGCAGAUGAAGAGUUGGCAAGAAUCAUUGACCAUCACUGGCAGGAAGAGCUGAAGAUCCGAGAGAAAGAAGACGCAAUAUGUGAGGCCAAAGAACAUGAAGAUAAAGAGUUAGAGGAAAAAAAUCACUUCAGAGAAAUUAUGAAGAGAAGAGAAGAGAAACUACACAAGCAAACCAAACCCUACGAGCUUCCUCCUAGGACUGAAGAAAUUUCAUUAGAAAAGAAAAUGCCCCCCCAAAAUUGAAGCCCGUACGCCAGAAAUUCAUUGCAUGAAGGAGACCAAGAUAGCUACAAGUUAGGAAAAAUUUCUUCUAAUUUACUGGAGGCCAUUUCUUGGAAAAGAGUUGUUAUCCUGGUGCAGUCUCUUUAAUAGUCAUAUCUUAGUCCUAAAUUAACAGUUAGCUCUGAAUCAUAUUUGAGUGAAGUGAUUUUCUACACAGUUGCAAGAAUACGGCUAGAGUUUUUCCUAAUUGACUCUUAUUUUGAUGAUAGAGCAUACGUAGCCAAUGAUUCUCAGAAUACUGAUAUUUAUCGGACAGUUAGAUGGAAAUGAAUUGCAAAUUAUUAAUGAGUCACAUAUACGAACUAUUUCUUGAAAACAGAAUGAGCAUCAACUGAAAAUCCUGUAAUAACUAUUAUACAAAUAAAAGAAG